AUUUUUUUCUUUCUUCGGUAAAAAUAAGUGAAGAAGAGACGGUCGCAAUCUUGAUCAAAACUGACGUACUCGACAGAAACGAUGCAACCAUGUAGAGGAUUCAAUCCGCGACACUCCAGAAGCAGACGAAGAAGCAACAAACAAGGCGGCCGGCGAGGGCCCAGCAGCGCGGAGCGACCCAAAAUGCUCAGUUUCCGUCGCUGCUGACAGAGACACUUCGGAUGCUGCCGCCCAGUUGCUCCGCUUCUUUCAUCAUGCUGCGGACAGGGCAUCUAGCAACAAUCCCGAGGAUGAUCAGACCCAGCCACCGCGGCCAAUGUCUCCAGCGCCGCCGUUUCUGGGAGAUCUGAAUCCUGAAGGCAUUCUGGUCGAAGCCACUAUGGUUUCCUCUCAAAAGACCCCGCCGGCAGAUGACGAGCCGGGCCACCAGGAUAUUGGCUUCUUACCACCAACCCCGCCUCGCCAGUCUAAAGAGUCGCCGACACGGGGGCGAGCGACGACAUGCACAGGCAGCCCCAAACUGUGCGAAGACAAAACAGGCCCCUACUUCUCCGUUCCCAGGGAAGAUGGCACGCGGCUCACGAUACACGUACAAGACACGGCCAAGUUUGCUGCCAUCGCUCAGAUUCUUGUCACCCGCGAGCUCGCCGAGAAGAUAAUGCCCUCCGACGCGGAGUGGCGAGCCAUGAGGGACCUUUACUUGACCAAAAUACACCCCAUCUUUCCCAUCUACGAGAAGUCGGCUCUGAUGGACCUACCACAAGAACGGGGGUUGCGGGAACUCAUUCAGGCGUCUGUGUGCCUUGCUGCAGCCACAGACCCGGAGACCCAUAACCUACUCACAUUCAAGUCGCAGAGUCACGGAGAAGCUAGGUCACAUAAGGUUGUUCCUUAUGAUGACUAUUCUCGUGACAUGGCCAGCUUUAUCAACAAACGCCUCGUUGAGCUGCAAGAGAGCCGGCAGAUCCCCUUGACCAAUCAAAUCCAGGUCAUGGCCCUGACAUGCUUGUACUGGCAGCCGACAAGCCCGACCGAGCGGUUCGAGCCGCUAACCCUCUAUGCGAAACUUGUCAGUCUGGUGCAUACCCAUGGCGUCCACUUGGGAAUCCUAGCGAGGGGACACUCAGAAUGCUGCAGUGAAGGACGCGGCAAGAGGAUUUUCAAAUGCCUCUACGCCCUUGACAGAUUACUAGCCGCCAUUUCGGCACGGCCACUCAUGUUCCACAAUGUCGAUCUCACCCAGAUUCCCCAUCCUGACGAGCAGGAUUCACCCAUCUUCAGGCUUUUCAUCUCCUUGAUCCUGCUUCUCGAUCAAGUCUUUGAACUGUACCGGCCGCGACCCAAAUUCACGUGCAUCGAUAUGCCCGUUUUUGAGCGUAUGGCUAUUGAAGCGGGCGCGCAAUCCGAGCCCGAAGGUCUGCUCGUUACGCUCGAGGUCCUCUACCACGCCAUCAGCGUCCUCUCGGUUCGAAUGCCUCGUCAUCGUUUUCGAACGGCUCCCGAGUGCGACACGCUCCACAGAAUAUCUACCCAUCACUUGCCGCCGAACAGCAUGAACGCCCGAAGAUCACACUCCGCCGACCGCAUCCUCGACGUCAUUAAAGAUUACAAGCUUAGCCCGAUGCCCUUCGUCGCUUAUGCGUCGACACUAUCUCUUAGCGUGGCAUACCGCAAGUGGCGCUUCAGCCAACUGCCCACCUUCCGGACCAGAGGAGGCGCCGACUUCAAAAAGGUGCUUCCAGUAGUGCAGGAACUGGGUGCCAUAUGGACUACCGCCCGAAUAAACGGGGAACUCGGCCAGUGCGUACUGCUGAAGCUAGAUCGGAAUGAGAUCAUCAAUAGGAAGCGUGCGAGGGAGACAGCCGAGGGCUCUGGGACCAAGCGAGUGCGGGCUGGCCCGCUCGGUGAUGCAAACGAACAGGAAGCAGCUGCGGAAGAGCCAAACGGGGCCGUGGAGCGAACCCAAGCCGAAGUGAUGACCCAGGCCACGCCGGCUCCAACACCCAGCAGCGCAAACACACCUCCAGAGAAGCCGUGCAGUUCACACAUAUCCCGCGACAGAACGGCUCAAGACCUAGGCGCCGGCAGCAACAGCUUUCUAGGGGCAUCGGCCAACCACCGCGAUCCUCUUGCCUCUCAUACGGCCUCGUUCCUAGCCGACCGUCCGCAACAGCGCUCCCUGCCCCUGACAUGGACUUCGUGUAGGACAGCAGACAAGAUGCACCACAGCAGCAAUACCCCUGUUGUCCCCCCAAAUCCACCUUGGGCCGCGUCGGUCAAAGAUGGCAUGACGCAGCCCAACCCUACACAACAGCUGGCCAUCUCCCAAGGCGACGGCUGCAACCAGUCAGACGACGCAAUCCCAUUGCCAAGAGACGUCCUCGAGCAGCCAGCGAGGCUUAACGAAACGUCGCCGCUGGCCGGAUUAUCGGAGGGAAGCAUGGAAGACUUCAUGAUUGACGACGAUGCUCUGUUUCGAUCGUGGGAUCCACGUUUUGCACAAUCGGUAGAUUUCUCUUUCAGUAGCAUCUUGGACCCGGGAAACCCCUUUGCUUGGCCUGAGUAUUGCAAUUAUACGACGUAAUUCAGGCCUGUCUAUUCUGAAUCUGGCAACAUAGAAGAAGAAUACGCAUCUUAGGAGACAGCUUAUCAUGAUUAAAAUAUUGUCGCGCUUGCCGUUGUGGUCUCCCGAACCUGCCAUGCCAUCGCUUUCUGGUUGGACGCUGCGGCAUACUAAGCUCCC